AUGGGUCUCGUAGCCCGUGAACAUGCUAUACCCCUUUGUGAUAACUCUCAGUUCGGGACACAGAACCUUGCGAAAAACCGGCCAAUCUUCAAGCCCGCCUGUGAGAAGGACUCUCAGUGUGGAGGGGGGAUGUGCUGUGCGGUCAGCUUAUGGAUCCGAAGCCCGAGGAUGUGUGCCCCUCUGGGACAGGAGCGAGACGAGUGCCACUGCUUGAGUCACAAGGUUCCCUUCUUUGGCAAAAGACUACACCACACAUGUCCAAGUCUUCCAAAUCUGGCAUGCAUCACCACAUCCAAGGGCAAAUCAAAAUGGCUUUCCCCGUACAUGUACCAAGAAUACUACCUCCGAGGACAACCACCAAAAAUGCAGCUAGUGAUUUACUAUGCCUACAUUAGCAGUUUGGAAAAUAAUGUUUUCAGGACAUUUAUUAAAGAUACUUUUCAGGUUGUCUUAGAUUUGCAAAGGACAAUUUGUUUAUCCUCCUUAAAAACAGGCUCCGGAACUUUGGCAACUACUAAGUACAUUUUAAACCUCCCGCUUUGGGCUGGAUGUGUCAAUGUGUAGAUCAUACAUGCAUAAUCUAUGAGUAG